AUGAGACCUUUAAGUGAAGAUGAAGUUCAGAUUGUUUUAAAGAAACUCGCUUCAUAUAUUGGAGAUAAAGUACUUCAAAUGGUCGAAAAUAACAAAUCUGGACAACAUUACUUCCGUUUACAUAAUGAAAGAGUUUAUUACAUAAGGUUACAAUGGAAUAUAUACUUUCUUUAUGAAAAUAUACUUAAAUAUGUCGGAUCCAUAAGUAGUAAAAAAUUGAUAUCGGCUGGAGUUUGUUUGGGAAAGUUUACCAAAUCGAAACAGUUCAGAUUACAUAUUACAGCACUGGAAUACCUUUCAUAUUACUCAAAGAAUAAAGUUUGGUUAAAAAUGGAUCAACCUUUUUUAUAUGGUGGAAAUGUACUCAAGAAACAUGUGGAUCAAAUUAGUGAAGGAAUUGAACAGAAUGCAGGAGUUGUUGUUAUGUCAAAAAAUAUACCUCUUGGGUUUGGAAUAACCUCAAAAUCCACCGAGAAUCUUAGAAACUCACUCCCAGACGAUAUCGCAGUAAUUAAUCAGGUAAUCAAUAUAUCUAAAAAAUUAUGUUAG